AGCCGGAGGAGCGUGAUGACAGUAUCUGUGCUUUCUACGAGUUUUCUUUUUUGGUUCAACUUCAAAACUAUUAUAUUAUUAUUUAUAUUAAAAUAGUUAAUUAUAACUUUAACGUAUAUUCGAGAGUUUAGUCCAAAAUUGCGACAGACAGGUUGUUUAUCGUUAAUUUGUGGAAAUUCCCAGCAAGUCGCCGAUCCCCAUGGAGGGUUUGGAGGAGAAGCUCAAAGGGCUGUCCAUCGCCCGGCGGUCCCGCCCAGAGGAGCCCACCUACCUCCUGGAUGCGGCCCUGCAGCCGGCCGGCCUGCUGGCCGUGUCCUGCUCCAACCUCUCCAUCCGCCUCCACGACAAGGACACCCUGAACCUGGUGGGGGAGUACCGGGGCCACGGCGGGCCGCUUUGUGGGGUCGUGUUCUCCCACGCCUCCCCCGACCUCCUCUACUCGGGUUCUGCUGACGGGACGGUCCGGGGCUGGGACGUCCGGCGCCCCGGGUCAGAGGCAUCGCAGGUGUUUAGAGGCGACCCGUCGCACAGCUACUGCAGCUUCGACCUGAGCUGCGGCGACACGCUGCUGUGCGCCGGCACCGAGCAGGUGAACAACGAGGACAGCUUCCUGGUUUUCUGGGACGUCAGGAAACCCGGCGGCGGGCUCCUCGGGGUGUACUCCGAGUCGCACAGCGAUGACAUCACGCAGGUGCGCUUCCACCCUCGAGAGAACGACCGGCUGGCGUCCAGCUCCACGGACGGCCUGGUGAACGUGUUCGACCUGAGCCGGGGAGCGGAGGAGGAGGCGCUGCUCGCCACCUGCAACGGCGACUCGUCCGCCAGUUCCGUCUGCUGGUCCGGAGCCGACUACACCCAGCUGCUGUGCCUCAGCCACGACGAGGGCCUGCACCUGUGGGAUCUGGGCCAGCUGGACACGGAGGAGCCGCUCACCGUCUUCGGCACCACGGACGCUCGCGGCCUGCCGCUGAUGGCUGAUGGCGGCGGCGUAGACUACCUGGUCGGGGGCAGGUGGCUGGAGGAGGCCCAGAAGCUGCUGGUGGUCGGGGGGAAGAACAGCGGGGACCUCCACCUGAUGGAGUGCGACGGCGGCGGGCUCCGCCUGCUGAGGACCCUCGAGGGCGGCCACACCUCCACGGUGCGCUGCUUCCUGUGGGACGUGGCGACGGAGGCCCUCAUCACCGGGGGCGAGGACGCUCAGCUGCUGCUGUGGAAACCAGGAGGGGAGGAGCUCACCACGGGGAAGAGGGAGUCCAUGAAGAGCGAGACGCCUCUGAGGCUCAAGUCCAGACCGCAUAAAAAACAUGGCUACCACAGGGAGAAGAAGGAAACUCAAAACACUGAAUCGCACUAACUGAUGUGCUGCUGACUUUCCAUCUUGUUUGUUUGCAACCGGUGAACAGGAAGUGACCACAUCUGGACUUGAGGAGGAGUGAGAGGACUGAUUUCUCUGAUCAAUAUUUAUUUAUUACCCGAAUCAGAAAUUAGACGCAACAUCCUUUUUUAAAUUUGGUUGAACAGACGCGUAACGUGACCUCUACAGCUGGUGUCGCCAUGUGAUCAGGAUGCACGAUUCAGAUCGUGACAUCUGACAUGUGUCUUCAUUCCACGCCGCAUACCAGUUCAAAACAGGUUUCAAGUAUUUAAAGUAUGUUCACGCUGGAAAAGCAACAACAAUAAGGUCCAUUGAUUUAAAUUUGCAGUUGCAAUGAACUUGAAAGGGUGUUUAGGACUUUUAAGUCUCCUUGAAUAUGCAACAAUAAAGGUGAAAAAACAUCUUGUUGCGUUUAUUUAGUCUGUUGAAGGUUGAAGUUCACGCUGGAAACUAAAUUCCUUAGAUUUUUGAGUGAAGCGUUGAGCCCCGGAAAAAAUGACACAUGCUGUGAAUCUCACUAUGAAAUUGGGACGCAGCUCAGGUUUCUCUCACAUUUUCAUUUUUUUUAAUAUUGUGAUUUCUCGGUUGUAGUUUUCCCCACUUUUUUUAAAGCUGCUGCAGGUCGACCGGUCACGGCGUCGCAUCCUGGAAGUCACCAGAGACGCCCGGCUCAGCAGGACCCGGCUCUCAAAUAGCAAAGAGUGGAAUAACAUGAUUGGCAGUGCGAGUGUGCGUCCGUGUUUCUGUGCGAGACUCCAGAGAAAUCCUGCAGUGGUGAAAGAAAAAAAUAUGUAAUCCCAUUACAGUCAUUAAAAGAUGUUCAAUAAUUAUU